UCGUCCUACAUUUUGACGCUAGAUAUACAUCCCACUGCCAUGGAGACUCCCUCCUCCGGCACAAUCGCCUCUGUGGAUCUGGAACAUGGCGACAGCCGGAUUCGCAAACGACUUACAGUCACCUUUCGUGAUUUGAAUGUGCGAGUUACGGCCCCAGAUGCGGCUUUGGGAAAUACUUUAUGGUCUGAGAUAGAUCCGCGGCAAAUCAAAUCACUACUAAAUCGUGGUGACCGUCCCAAAAGGACCAUCCUCAAAGAUGUUGCAGGGCAGGUUAAACCUGGCGAAAUGCUCCUCGUCCUCGGACGUCCAGGCUCCGGAUGCACAUCACUUCUCCGAGUGCUCUCCAAUGAUCGUGAUAGUUUCGAUGAAAUUAGCGGCGAAACGAACUUUGGCAGCAUGGAUCAUAAAGCAGCUCGAAAGUUCCGCCAGCAGAUUAUGUUCAAUAACGAAGGCAUUAUUUCAUUAGAUGACCUCCACUUCCCAACUUUGACCGUUAACCGCACGAUGAAAUUCGCCCUUCGGAACAAGGUUCCUAACGAGCGCCCAGAGAACCUGAGAAACCGCAAGGACUUCGUACAGAGCCAGCGUGAUGAGAUCCUGGACUCACUGGGAAUUGGACAUACAAAGAAGACCCUGGUUGGGAAUGAGUAUAUCCGAGGAGUUUCAGGAGGCGAGCGCAAACGCGUUUCCCUCGCUGAGGUUCUGGCAGGACAAAGUCCAGUCCAAAUGUGGGACAAUCCGACUCGAGGACUUGACUCGAAAUCCGCUGGGGAGUUUGCACGAAUGCUCAGACGCGAGGCUGAUCGAAACGACAAGACCAUUAUUACCACUACAUACCAAGCUGGUAACGGCAUUUACGACCAGUUCGACAAGGUCCUUGUCCUGGCCGAGGGCCGUGUCACUUACUACGGCCCACGUCGACUUGCCAGGAAAUACUUCGAAGACCUUGGUUUCAUUUGCCCCAAGGGUGCCAAUAUUGCGGACUUCCUGACUUCAGUCACUGUCGUUACCGAACGCACAAUCAGACCUGGAUGGGAAGAGAAGGUGCCAAAUACACCCGAGGAAUUCGAAUCCUGCUACCACAGUAGCAAAAUUUACCAAGAACAAAUGGACUCCAUCGUUGCCCCUGAGAAGUUGAACUAUGAGACUGAAGACCUCGAAUUGGCUGUUUCCAGUGAGAAGCGGAAGCAGCAUAUUCCUCGGAAUAAAAGUGUUUAUACCGCGAAUCUCUGGGAUCAGGUUGCCGCUUGUGCCUUGCGCCAAUUCCAAGUCAUCUGGGGCGACAAGCUCUCACUUUUUGUCAAGGCUGCGUCUGCUAUCAUCCAGGCUCUGGUCUGCGGAAGCUUGUUCUAUGACCUACCAGAGGAUUCGAGCUCAAUUUUCUUAAGGCCUGGUGUUUGCUUUUUCCCUGUGCUAUACUUUCUUCUCGAGAGCAUGUCUGAAACAACGGCAUCUUUCAUGGGCCGGCCAAUUCUUUCUCGCCAGAAGCGGUUCGGAUUUUACCGUCCUACGGCCUUUGCCAUCGCCAACGCCAUCACCGAUAUCCCCGUUGUGAUAUUCCAGUCGACCUGCUUCUCGCUCAUUCUUUAUUUCAUGUCGGCCUUGCAAAUGGAUGCUGGGAAAUUCUUCACCUAUUGGAUUAUUGUGAUCGCUCAGACAUUAUGUUUCAUUCAAAUGUUCCGAGCGGUUGGCGCUGUCUGCAAGCAGUUUGGAAAUGCCUCCAAAGUCUCCGGACUAUUGUCUACUGUUUUCUUCGUCUACGGGGGCUAUCUCAUUCCAUUUGAAAAGAUGCAUGUCUGGUUUCGUUGGAUCUUCUACCUGAACCCGGGAGCCUAUGCAUUUGAAGCGCUCAUGGCGAACGAAUUCGUUGGACGAGAGUUUACUUGCAUUGCACCCGAUUAUCUUCCAUAUGGCGCUGGAUACUCUGAUUCAGCCUCUCCUUACCGUGGAUGUUCAGUGCUUGGAAGCGAUGAGCGAGGUAUUAUUGAUGGCGCAAGGUACGUUGCAGAGCAAUACAGUUACUCCGUCCACCAUAUCUGGAGAAGUUUUGGUAUCAUCAUGGGAUUUUGGAUCUUCUUCAUCUUCCUAACUUCGUUCGGGCUGGAAUUCCGGAACGGCCAGAGUGGGUCAUCGGUUCUCCUCUACAAGCGUGGAAGUCGAAAGACCCGUGGAAACGGAGAUGUUGAGAAGCCACAGCCCGCAAAGGAGACAGAUGUGGGUGCACUUUUGGGCUCGGUGAAGCAAUCGACCUUCACGUGGAAAGACCUUGACUACCACGUACCCUUCCACGGCGAGAAGAAGCAGCUUCUUAACAAGGUGUUUGGAUUUGUUCAACCCGGAAAUUUAGUCGCCCUUAUGGGAGCUUCCGGAGCUGGAAAAACAACUUUGUUGGAUGUACUUGCUCAGCGCAAGGAUAGUGGAGAGAUCCACGGAUCUGUUUUGAUUGAUGGCCACCCAGUUGGGAUCAGCUUUCAGCGAACUACAGGGUACUGCGAACAGAUGGAUGUGCAUCUCGAGACAGCGACUGUAAAGGAAGCAUUGGAAUUUUCGGCUGUUCUUCGCCAACCAUCAACAGUUCCCCACGAAGAAAAGAUUUCCUACGUCGAACAUAUUAUCGAUCUUUUGGAGCUGCGCGAUAUCAGUGAAGCUCUUAUCGGAGUGCCUGGAGCUGGACUCAGCAUCGAACAACGCAAACGUGUGACACUUGGAGUUGAGCUUGUCGCCAAACCGACGCUGCUGUUCUUGGAUGAACCCACUUCAGGUCUGGAUGGGCAGAGUGCGUUCAACAUUGUACGAUUUCUUCGGAAGUUGGUCGAUGGUGGCCAAGCUGUGUUGUGUACAAUCCAUCAACCAUCUGCAGUGCUCUUCGACGCCUUCGACGGUCUUCUCCUACUAGCCAGGGGCGGCAGAAUGACCUACUUUGGUGAAACUGGCAAGGAUUCAACUAAAAUCCUAGACUACUUUGCUCGGAAUGGAGCACCAUGCCCUGCAGAUGCCAAUCCAGCAGAGCAUAUUAUCGACGUUGUUCAAGGGGGAGGUACUACGGAUAAAACAGAUUGGGUUGAAGUCUGGAAUCAGUCAGAAGAGCGCAAACAAGUACUGGCUCAGCUUGAUGGACUCAACGCAACUAACAAAGCUGAUCCCAACUAUGUUGAGGAUACUGCUGACUAUGCUACCUCGCACUGGUUCCAAUUCAAGACGGUUUCCAAACGCCUCAGCGUUCAUAUUUGGCGCUCACCGGAUUACAUGUGGAACAAGAUUAUCCUUCAUGUUUUCGCUGCUCUUUUCAGUGGAUUCACCUUCUGGAAGAUUGGAAACGGCACUUUCUCUCUUCAACUGAGACUUUUUGCCAUUUUCAACUUCAUCUUCGUUGCCCCGGGCUGUAUCAAUCAGAUGCAGCCUUUCUUCUUGCAUAGCCGAGACAUUUUUGAGACUCGAGAGAAAAAGUCCAAAACUUACCACUGGAGUGCGUUUAUUGGCGCGCAAACCAUCACAGAGAUUCCAUACCUCAUCAUUUGCGCUACUCUUUACUUUUUAUGCUGGUACUUCACAGCAGGUCUUCCUUCAGAAGCCAGUGUUUCCGGACACGUCUACCUUCAGAUGAUUUUCUAUGAGCUCCUAUAUACGUCCAUUGGUCAGGCCAUCGCAGCAUAUGCACCAAACGAGUAUUUCGCGGCCGUGAUGAACCCCGUCCUGAUCGGUGCCGGCCUGAUCAGUUUCUGUGGCGUGGUCGUCCCUUACUCUCUCAUGCAGCCAUUCUGGCGCUACUGGAUUUACUACCUGGACCCUUUCAACUAUUUGGUUGGUGGACUGUUUGGUGAGAUUAUCUGGGAUGUCAAGGUCCAAUGUGAACCCUCCGAAUUUGUGCAGUUCAGCCCACCGUCUGGUCAGACUUGCGGCCAAUACAUGGCCGAUUUCCUCGCGACGCAGACUGGGUAUCUGCUUGAUGCAAACACCACUGAAACAUGUUCAUUCUGCAAAUAUUCUGAGGGUUCUGACUACGCGAAAACAUUCAACCUUCAAGAGAAAUACUAUUCCUGGAGAGAUACGGGUAUCACUGCCCUGUUCUGUAUCUCAUCUUACGCCUUGGUGUUUUGGAUGAUGAAGCUCAGGAGCAAGAAGACUAAGAGUGCGCGCUCCGAAUGA